AUGCCGUGGAAUCUCAGCGAAUCUGUUCUCCGUUACAUCGGUUACUCCUACCAUAACAUUGCUGUUUUGAAUAGUCAGCUGGCAGUGCAGAUGACGCGCGAUCUUGGCGUUGAUGUUCCGGAAAAUGCCAAACAGGAAGAAUAUCCUUCCAUCAUCCACCUAGGUUGGAAGUUCCAAGUCUUAAAGAGGCAUAUCACAGAGGGUCGAAUGGAGCUCCGCGUCUAUGGUAUGGAGACUAUGCAGGCUGAUCUUGUCAGUGUCUGGCGGCAACAUAUACAAGGAAACCCUGCCGGCGUUAACUAUCCAAUUAUCCAGUAUCUUGUGAAAUUCCUGAGGGACAACAAGAUCGUGGAGUACAUUGUCGGUGUCGAUUCGCAUCCCCAGUUGAUUAGCCGAAGUGGAAACGUAGUUGGGUUCCUUGUUGUAACGUCCACAUACGCGGACAACGACACAGAUAUUAUUUGGAACACGGUGACUGAAAGCCAGGACCCGAGAACUGUGGCGGAGGUUUUGGGAAUGCUAACUCGCACAUUUAUAAUGCACCAAUCCGGGUCAAAUGCUUUGAUUUAUCUGUGCACAAAACUCAUCGAAUUGCCGUUAAACCGCUUCGAUGCACGGAUGCUCGAAUACAGCGACUGUCUAUUAAAUGCUGUGAGGGAUAAGCAUUCUGAGAGAAUGCGCUCGCAGCCUUAUGAUCAUCUGCAUGUAGAUGUGGUCCCCUGCCGUCUGUGCGUUCGCCUGAUCCGUGACGCCACAUCUAUCAGCGAGUUUUCCAUUGAGCAAAAAACAAACUUGCAAAAGUUUGCCAGCAAGCAGCUUUCACAUCUACUGACUCUUGGGAUGGAUGACAACGAUAAAAUGGAAAUGUACAAGAAGUGCAUCGACGAUAUAUCCGAAAUGAACGAGUUCGUGGUUGGUAGCAUUCAAGCCCUGAAUGCUCUUAUUCAUCCUUAUGAUAAUCUAGACAUUCGGCGACUGGCGCUGGACUUUGAUUUCACUCGAUUGAUUAUCACAGAACUUGCCCAUACUUUCGACACUGUCUCAACCGACUUCUCGGACCCUAUGGCAGUGAGUUACGAAAUCCGUUUUGAUCUUCCACCAGACGUGAAUGAAAAUGAAAUUAUUACUAUCCCUGGCAUGGAUCGAUUAUGGCAUUUUAUUCUCACGGCACCCCCUGGAACAAUCGAAAUGAAAUCCACCAAUUUCGCGAUAGACGUUUACCUUGAUCAUGAAUUGAUUCGCACAGCCCCACGCUCCGCAGCAGAGGCUACGCAUGUCGCAUUGGUUGAUCGCUGCGUUAGUCAACUCACAGCGGCGGCCUCAAAGUGCAAAGCGUUCACUGACGGUUCCACGAGCGGCGAGGAUGAACCUAUGGUCAUCGUCCCGUCUGACGGGGAGGUACGAGCUGAAGAACUACGAUUCACUCGUUCGCUUCUGUUCCUACGCCAACUACUUCAGGGACUGCGAAUGCGGCCACAAUACACUCCGCUCCAAAUUAGCCCCCCGGAGUCUAUUCUCAGAGAAGAUGAGAUAAUUGGAGAACCCAUCGAACUCUCGUACCAAGCCUUCAGUGGAAAUUCUCAAACCAAGAUCCGCACUCUCAAGAUCGGAGAUCUUUCCACUGCGUCCGAGCUGGCUGAGAAACUAACGCGACUCACCGGUUUUACGAGUUUCUCCAGUUUUAGCUGUGGACAGCGGCUAGAUCUUACUGCCCAUGCUUUUCAGACUUUGCGAGACAUGAAACUCGCGGGUUCAGGACUACUCAUGAUUCGAAAAAAUCCGGACGCUUUCGAGGCGUCAGUGGGCGGACGACGUCAGUCGUUGACUUUGGUUGACUCGGAGGUUUUGAAGCAUUUCGAUGAUUUGUAUGAUUUGUUGAGUCUAGAAGAUAAGUUAUCGAAAGAGAUAUUUGACUUCUUAGUUGUCUUCCCUCCCCAGCAGCGCGUUCGAGAUUUUGUCAAAUCCAAAGAAAUUUCGGAACAGGAGAUGUUCCCUUUGGAGAAGCCAUACAAGCUUCUAUACUCAAUAAAAGCUCUCAUUAGUUGUAUAAGCGAAGAAAUUCUAGAAAAUAACCCCGACCAAGAAUUUAUAUCCCACAGCAUUCAGAAUUUGGUUGCAUUUAUAACGCGCCCGCAGAUGGGUGAAGGUUUAGAAGACAGCCCGCUGAAAUUACUUUUUGCACGAAAUUUCGUGGAAUGUCUUUUGUUUGCUUUGACGGCCAAGUCGAUGCCAGAAGACUCCGAACAGUAUUUCUCCAAUCCGUUGGACCUAGCCACUCGACUUUUGUCUUUUAUUUCCCUCUGCCGAAAUCUUACUUCCAAACACCUCUCAGAAAUCUCUAUACAGAAACUAAUAUCCAAUUCCUUCGCUGUCAUAAUCGAAGCCUCCAUGCAUGAUAGUCGCGUUUGGGAUGCGGUCGAACAAAGUACUCAAAUCAAGGAUCUAAUCUUCACGCUGCUUCUCAGGGAAUCGAGGCAAGGUAUUCGCAAAAGUGUUGCUGAAAUUAUAUUCGCCACCUGUGGUACUACCCCAUCUCAGAAACGGGCUUGGAAGGCCAGCAGCCAGGUGAAGGGAGGGGCGGUUGCAGUUGUAGGAAGACUCCCUUCUGCUACGACGAUCCAUAUUGUUGCAACGUUAUGGAAACAUAUUUCUGCACUUUUCCCGGAUACUCUUGAAUAUGCGCAGUCCUCUCAGGAGUUUUUCGAGGUUGCGCUUACUGUUUUUCAGACUGUUGCCAACUUAUCUCCUGAAGACUUGAUCUACGGGGAGUAUCUUAGGAAAUGGGGAGAUAUACUUCUUAGCCAUCGCACGAAUGAGUUCGUUGGUCGAGAGCCUGUCGAUUACAUCGUUCUGGGAUUCACACACCUCUUGAAAAUGUGCCUAGAGCUUUCGCACGCCACUCCUGGCACAUGGACACAAGUAAGUAUUGCCCUCCCAUCUGCGUGUGAAGCGCAUCUGAGUUGA